ACUACCGUUAGUUACGCCAUUUUUCUAAUAAAUGACAAAAUAAUUGCGACUAAUUGCAUAUCGUUUUUUAAAUAAAAUCUAAAUAUAUUUUAUUAAAAAUGCCACCGAGGCAUAGGAAAAAGAAUGCCCUCAACGCACGUUUAGAAUUGGCAAGAAAUAACAACACUUCUGCCGCGGAAGUUAUACAUCAAAGAUGCGCGCAGAAUAAAAGUAUAACGGAUAAUGUUUCACAAAAACAAACACCUGAACUGGAGCAACUAAUUCCAGAGGGCUGCGUUUGCAAACGUGAAGCUAAAACGUUUGUUUGUAUUAUGUGCAAAAUGUUCAGUUACGGGCGUAUCGCCGAAUUAUGUAGCAUACAUCCAAAUGUUUCCUAUUUGAUGGAUUUCACAUGCUGUCCAUAUUGUUCCGGACCGUCGGAACAUCUACACAUAGUUAAUAUGGAAUAUGAUCGUUAUUUUAAGACUUGAAAACUCUAAAUUAGAUUUGGAGUUGGAGAAAUUAACAAAAAUAUUUAACAUAUUCCACUUUGUUCAAUACUAAAAUAGUUGGUUCAAUACUAAUAUAGUUGGAAACUAUAUUUCGUUUAGGAGAUAAUAUUUUUUAUAAAUACAAUGGGGUUUUAAGUUAAUUAAAUGAAGUACAAAUUAUGAAUUUAAAGUUUAAAUAUGUUAUUUUACAAUUAAACCAAACAAUGUUGUGAAAACAA